UUGUCUGAAUCACACGUGACUUCGCAUAAUGUUCCCUCGUGAGAACUCUGCACGUGUUCGUGUUGUAAACAUUAGGUGCUACAAAGUUGCUCGGUUGAGCGAGAAAAAAAAAAGGUGCAGCUGAAGCUGUCAUGAACAGCGUUUCCUCUUCGUGUUCGUCCGUGGCUCCCCCCUCGGAUUAUUUCUGCGAACCGCCCCGUUCACUCAUUUGGGGAGAGAAGAAGACUUUCUUCUUCAUGCUCGCUUCUUGAUGGACGUUUUCAAACUUGACAGGUUACGCGCCGCGUGUUUCUCCGCCGUCCGUGACGCUUCCGAGGAAUAACGGAGUUUUCUUCAAUCGCUGCUAACGGAAAUUUUUUGGUACGUCAUUAAUAUGGCGCCAAAAGAGUUAUAAGUGUGAGCUUGUUAUGUUGCUUUCGCUCGAGAGACGCCUCUCCUCAGCCGCUCGUGUUUACGCAGGAAUAUGGAACGCCAAAGCGGACAGAAAUGAAAUUUAAACGCGCGUCGCAAUUCGUAAACGCUUUCGCGAUGGAUUGUCACGUUAUUGCGCUUCACUUUGCAGGAUUCUGAGGAAAAACUGAAAAAUAAAAACACAAUUUUGGGGAUGACGAAUAAAUAAGUGUGUGGUGUUGAACAGCGAUUUCACGAAGUCGUCGUCGGAUGGGCGCUGCUGUGGAUUCAAUCCGCCGACAGUAACUUUUAUUUCUGUCUGUGGAGGGGAAAUUCGUCUACAUGUGCCUGGCCUCAGAUGAUCCCCUGAUCUCGGUGCAUCGAGGACAUCCCUCUAGUGCAAACUGCAUAUAAGAUGGAGAGUGAGACGAAGAGGAGGAAAUACUCCACCAGUAGCAACGACUCGGACACCACCGACAGUCAUGUGACCACCUUGUCACGGUCCUCAAAGAACACAGGGACCAGCAGCACAUGGAUACGCCAUGAGCAGAAGAGACCGUCUGAGGUGUUUCGGACCGAUUUUAUUACAGCCAUGAAGUUGCCUGAUUCAGCUCAACUGAGCCCAGAGGAGUUUUACUUCCUCUCCGACCCCUGGAGGCAGGAAUGGGAGAAGGGUGUUCAGGUGCCAGCUAAUGUGGAAGCCAUCCCUGAACCUGGAGUCAGGAUGCUUCCGGAGGUCAAUCGAAUCCCAUUCUUUUCACCGAUCCAAGCCAGGGGUCAGUCAGAGUUUGGCUUCGGAGAGUCACAUGGUCUCACGGAGUCGUUGAGUUGUUACAAUCUUGAUGAUCUGGAUGUGACCUGGCUUGAACUGGUUAAUGCUGAAUUUAGACAACUAGCACUUCCAGAGCUGGACGAGCUGACCAUGGAGCAGGUCGUGGUGGAGCUGGAGAACCGGUGUCAGCAGAAAAUGAAGCAGGCCAUCGAGACCGAGGAGGGUCUGGGCAUCGAAUACGACGAGGACGUGGUUUGUGACGUGUGCCGCUCACCUGACGGCGAGGACGGCAAUGAGAUGGUCUUCUGCGACAAAUGCAACGUUUGUGUGCAUCAGGCGUGUUACGGGAUCUUGAAGGUGCCGCAGGGUAACUGGUUGUGCCGAACCUGUGCCCUCGGAGUGCAGCCCAAAUGUCUGCUCUGUCCCAGGAGAGGAGGAGCUCUGAAACCCACACGCAGCGGAACCAAGUGGGUCCACGUCAGCUGUGCCUUAUGGAUCCCUGAGGUGAGCAUUGGCUGCCCUGAGAAGAUGGAGCCUAUUACUAAAGUGUCCCACAUCCCGGCCAGCCGCUGGGCCCUGUCCUGUGGUCUGUGUCGUGAACACACAGGCACAUGUAUACAGUGCUCCAUGCCGUCCUGCAUCAUGGCCUUCCACGUGACCUGUGCGUUCGACCACGGACUGGAGAUGUGCACCACACUGGCAGAGAACGACGAGGUGCGCUUCAAAUCCUACUGUCUAGAGCACAGCAGCGUCUCGCGCUCCAAAAACAGCGGGAAUGUGGACAGACCCGAAACACGCCAUGCUGUCUCCGAUCUGUCGGGGACGCAUUUGGAUCGUUUGAAGCAGGACCAAGCAGAACAGGAGAAAGCCAGCCAACGCAAGCAGAAGCUGCAAGAGCUCGAAGAUGAGUUUUAUAGAUUCGUGGACCCUAAGGAAGUCGCAGAAAGCCUUUCUCUGCCAGACGCUCACGUGGACUUCCUCUUCCAGUACUGGAAGCUGCGACGAAAGGCCAACUUUAACCAGCCACUGGUGGCCAUCAAGAGAGACGAGGUGGACAAUCUGGCCCAGCAGGAGCAGGACGUUUUAUAUCGUCGUCUGAAGCUCUUCACUCACUUGCGUCAGGAUCUCGAGAGGGUCAGAAACUUGUGUUGCAUGGUCACACGGCGAGAGAAGAUCAAACACUCUUUAUGCAACCUGCAGGAGAAGAUCUUUACCUUGCAGAUUCAGCUCCUAGAGAAGAACCUGACUGGAGACAAAACUCGGAGAGGGGAGAAGAUUCAUCGCAAUGGAGUCAGGGAUCGAGUGAGAGAAAGAAGGAAGUGUAGUCCAGAAAAGAAAGACAAAUGGAGAUCAGAUGACAAAUCUCUAUUCACACAGUUGGGUUUCUCCAAAUCCUUCCCGCUGGACGGCUCUCUGUUUGACAGCUGGCUGGCUCAGUCCAUUCACAUCACAGCAGAUAACAUGCUGAGCCAGUGGUCUCUGUCCGGAGAGACGCGCCACCCGUCCGUUAGCCUCCUGUCAGACCAGCUCCUGCAGGGCGAGGAGAGCCUGCUCAGUCUCAUGAUGGACCACUCCAUCAAGUCCACCUGGAAGACGCCCCAGCUGGGCCGCAAGCCGAGAGGAGCGCCGCGCAGCCGCAGGAAACCCGUCUCGCUCCCAAGGAUCGGCUCCGCGGUUAGAGCCAAGGCAGAGAGAGCAGGUCAUGUUCAGCAUCAUCACACCCACAGCGACGGCAGACCGGACCCGCUGCAGCCAGCCAUAUCCAAAAUGGACUCGUGCCACAUUUCCGAAGAGCUUGGCUCUUGCGGAUUCGAUGUGGAUACGGAGAGCAGCAAGCGCUCGCAAACAGCCUUGCGUCUGCGUCUCCCUAGACAGAGCAAGUCACGCUCGAAGAGCCACUCGACGGAGACCUCCCUUCCCAAGAGCACUGGGAACAACACUCUCCACACUGAAACACACGGCUAUUUCUCUGACGCCGAGCCGAGCGACAGUGAAUUACGCUCGUUCAGCCGGGAGCUGCGCUUGCCCCAACUGCAUGCUGGGAAGGAGGAGGUAGUGCGGCGAAGCGUGCUUGCCUCCUAGAACCAUUUUCGGAAGCCUGUUUCUCUCCCGUUUAAUGUUUUUAAAGAAGUCUCUUCUGCUCACAGAGCUUGCAUUUAUUAGAUCGUAAAUACAGGAUAAACAUUAACAUUUUAAAAUAUUU